UCCGCCGCAGCCGCAGCCGUCUCCGGCCAGUGAAUUAAUGUCUCAGAGGAAAUUUGAGGAAAUCAAAAAGGCUAAUGAAGCUGCAGCCAAAAAAUUUGUUGAAGAACACUUUAGCUCUUCAUCUGAAGAAGAAGGAGAUGAAGAUUUUGAAGGGAAACGGGGAAAAAUAGUUGCUAAUACAUUUAUAACGUACACUACUCAGACAGAUGGAGAUUUACGUGAAUUAGAGCGAACGAAGCAGUAUGUAAAUGAAGCUUUUCAAGCAGGGGCUAUGACAUGCUUAAUUUGCAUUGCUUCAGUGAAGAGAAACCAAGCAGUUUGGAGCUGUUCAGGAUGUUUCUGUAUAUUUCACAUGCCCUGUAUCCAGAAGUGGGCGAAAGAUAGCCAGUUUCUUGUAUCUUCUUUAACUGAUGAUGACUUUGGAAAGAGAGAUUAUCCUUGGCCUUGUCCAAAAUGUAGGUUUGAAUACAAAAGAUCAGAAACACCUAGUCGGUACUAUUGCUAUUGUGGAAAAGUUGAAGAUCCACCUUUAGAUCCCUGGCUUGUCCCUCAUUCAUGUGGCCAGAUAUGUGAGAGAGAAUUUAAGCCACCUUGUGGACAUAAGUGUCUACUCCUCUGUCAUCCAGGUCCCUGCCCUCCCUGUCCCAAGAUGGUCACAACUACUUGUUACUGUAAGAAAGCAAAACCUAUCCCUCGUAGGUGCAGUGCCAAGGAAUGGUCCUGUCAGCUUCCGUGUGGGCGGAAGUUACUUUGUGGGCAACAUAAGUGUGAAAAUCCUUGUCAUGCAGGAAAUUGUCAGCCUUGUCCAAGAGUUAGUAGACAAAAAUGUGUCUGUGGCAAAAAAGUAGCUGAAAGAAGUUGUGCAAGUCCACUGUGGCACUGUGACCAAGUGUGUGGAAAAACACUUUCAUGUGGUAAUCAUACAUGUGAACAAGUGUGCCAUGUUGGUGCUUGUGGCGAAUGUCCUCGAUCUGGGAAGAGGGCCUGUCCAUGUCAGAAAUCAAAAUUUUCUUUGCCUUGUACAGAAGAUGUACCAACUUGUGGAGACAGCUGUGACAAAGUACUCGAAUGUGGACUCCAUAGAUGUUCACAACGCUGUCACCGAGGUCCUUGUGAAACAUGUAGACAAGAAGUGGAAAAGCAUUGUCGCUGUGGAAAGCAUACAAAGCGAAUGCCCUGUCAUAAAUCUUAUCUGUGUGAAACUAAAUGUGUUAAGAUGCGUGACUGUCAGAAGCAUCAGUGUAGGAGAAAGUGUUGCCCUGGAAACUGUCCACCUUGUGAUCAAAACUGUGGACGGACUUUAGGAUGUAGAAACCAUAAAUGUCCAUCUGUCUGCCACAGAGGCAGUUGCUAUCCAUGCCCAGAAACCGUUGAUGUGAAAUGCAAUUGCGGUAAUGCAAAGGUGACUGUGCCCUGUGGCAGGGAGAGAACCACGAGACCACCCAAGUGCAAAGAGCUAUGCAGUCGACCACCAUCAUGUCAUCAUACAAGUCAAGAAAAACAUCGGUGUCACUUUGGCCCUUGUCCACCCUGUCAUCAACUUUGCCAAAAAGUUUUGGAGAAAUGUGGCCACUUAUGUUCUACUUCAUGUCAUGAUCAAGCAUUAAUAAGGCAAACUGGCAGGCCCCAACCUUCAGGACCCUGGGAGCAGUCUUCUGAGCCAGCAUUUAUUCAGACUGCAUUACCCUGUCCUCCUUGUCAAGUUCCUAUUCCUGUGGAAUGUCUUGGGAAGCAUGAGGUGAGUCCACUACCAUGCCAUGUUGCAGGACCCUACUCUUGUAAGAGAGUUUGUGGAAGACUCCUAGAUUGUCAGAAUCAUACAUGUAUGAAAGAGUGUCACAAAGUAACUGAAGUUGAUGGCUGCACUGGCAAAAACAAGGCUGGUUCAGAAUGCCUUCAUUGUGAAGAGGGGUGCUCUAAAUCACGGCCGUUGGGUUGUCCUCAUCCUUGUGUUUUGCCUUGCCACCCUGGAGACUGUCCUCCUUGUGUUCAGAUGCUUAGAAUAAAAUGUCACUGCAAGAUUACAAGCCUAUAUGUGGAGUGCAGAAAAAUAACCACAGCUGAUGUAAAUGAAAAGAACCUCCUCAGUUGUUGCAAAAAUCAGUGCCCUAAAGAGCUUCCAUGUGGUCAUAGAUGCAAAGAGAUGUGUCAUCCUGGUGAAUGUCCCUUCAAUUGCAAUCAGAAAGUAAAACUUAGAUGCCCUUGUAAAAGAAUUAAAAAGGAAUUGCAGUGCAGCAAAGUACGUGAAAAUCAGGUUUCAAUAGAAUGUGACACAACGUGCAAAGAAAUGAAGCGGAAAGCAUCUGAGAUAAAAGAAGCAGAAGCCAAAGCUGCUCUUGAAGAGGAAAAACGAAAACAACAGGCUGAACUGGAGGCCUUUGAAAACAGACUGAAGGGUCGUCGGAAGAAGAACAGGAAAAAAGACGAAGUGGCAAUUGAACUAUCACCUUGGCAAAAAUAUAAAUAUUACCUCUUUCCAGUGUGUGGAGUUGCAAUGGCAUUGUUUGCAUGGUACUUCGCCUAUGGUGCUGAUUAAAGAAGUUUGGAACUUUUAAUAUACCUCAGAUUGGAGUUAGACCAGUUGUUAAAUUUGGAAUGUUAAAAAAUGUGUAUUGUAGACCAUGACAUCUGUUCACGUUCAUCUCUGUUCUCUUCCAGCUGUUGUUAGAAGAAGGUAUGUUAGGCUUUGUCUUCAUUAGUGCACUCACUAGCAAGGGCAGUGGCCACUGUUUAAAGAAAAGAUGACUCAAGCCUCUCAUAAGGCUUAAUUGGUGGCCCAGUUACAUGUUUGUUAUUCAUUCUGACUCCUCACCUAAGUGGUUUCACUUAAUAUUUCAAAUUAAUACAUCAUUUUCUUUUUGUAAAUUCAGAUUAAACUGAGCCGUAUGUGCAGUGAGAAGAAUAUUUCUCUAUGUUUUGGUUACUUAUUGGGUACUUUUCUUGAUCAUGUACUUUGUACUUUUGUGUCAGUCAUAGGGCUCAAACUCAGGGGCCUGGGCUGUCCCUGAGAUUUUUUUGCUCCACACAUCUUCAUUUCCAGUGCUUGAUUGGUGCUUAAUUGGAGAUAAGAGUCUCUUGGACUUUCCUGCUCUGUCUGGCUUUGAGCUUCAAUCUUCAGAUCUCAGCCUUCUGAGUAUACUCUGUACUUAAUAAAAAGUAAUUCUCUAAAAGACCUGUUAAGUUGUAACAUGGAUCUUCAUAAUAUAUUGCAGAAGUUAGUUUGUUAGAGAGGGAUUUUUUUUUACCAGUCAUUGAAAUAAAUUUCACAUAGUGUGUUCCUUAGAAAUUAUAAUUGUUUUUAACAAAUGCAGGGUUAGGCUCUUCACAUAUGGCUGUGUCUUGUGUAAGAACUGAAUUGAGCAUGUUUUGUAAAACUUGUAUGUAUCUUUUUAAGAUAAUAAUAAGAGAAAAAGUAAUAUUUAUGAGCAGUAUGUACUUCGUACAGAGCUUAGGAACUUGAUUCUCAUUUCUGUUUACCAUAAUCCUAGAUUAUAGCUAGAAAAAAUCUUAUGAAAACAGAAAAAUAUCAGUAAGCUAUUCUUUGAAUGGUAAGUCAUUUAAAAUAGUUUUGCUAUUUAAUUUUUGUAUGACUCAUGUUUCCAUUAAAAGUUUGCAUAUCAAA